AUGAUAAAUCCUAAGCCUACCAGUCGGCCUACCUCGCCUACAUUACAGCAUCCUGUCCCUCAGCGACCUGCUACUUUGAGAAGACGCAUUUCUUCGGGUUUGGACACUUUCAUGUCAGUCUUGCAAUUGCGGAAGACAACUCCAAAGCAAGAUCCAGCUCCACGACCGAUAACGGCACCUGCACCAAUUCGACCAUUUGUACACCAAGGUAUCAAUAUUGCUCAAGCCACAGAAAAACAAGGCCCGACUCCAGAGCUACACCAGCCUUCCCGGGGUGAAUAUGAGCAGCCAUGUCCGUAUGAUAGGACCAAGUACCACUCUUUCUCAAUCAUUGAGCGUUCUCGGUGUACCUUUUGCGGCAUGCGAUCAUCCAGACCCAGUUCCAGCGAGCCCUGUCAUGACUGUCGGUCCAAGAGCCCCUUUUCGCAUAUCAAAAUGGGUUUCCGACAGAAAUUGACACCUGAAGAUAACAAAAACAUAAGACAUUCCAAUUCAAAUUUCUCUCUCGGACCUAGCACCUCAUCUGAUGAAGGCCCACGCAUCGUGUCUCCUGAGAUUGCAGCAAAGAGGAUCGGUAACCCACCCAGAAGAGCAGCACUUCCAAUACCGCGCCCGGGAGCUAUAAGCAAUAUCCUCAACCCGCCCUCUGAUCACCCGGCAUUCCGACCACCAGAACACAAUUUAAUCUCCUCUGCCGGAAGCGCUCCCAAGGGCAACGACGUGAGAACCACUAGCCCCAAACUGCAUUAUCUACAUGGCUUACCCGACUCCAAGGCAUACCCGUAUGUUCACAAGAGAGAAGUAAAGGACCACCUUGCCGCUAUAGAUGCUGGAGUAUCAAGUCCUCUGGCAGAGUUUGCAUUCACUGUGAACCGGCAGAAGGAACGAAAUCGGUAUACAGAUUUCUCCGAGACUGUUUUCUACGGAAGCUGUCCCAGUCCGACGCUAGUAAGCGAUGUUCAUAGGCUGUUACCAGAACAGAGUAGGCGUAGCAAUACUAUCGUAGAGCAUACGCUGGUAGUAGGUGGGCAUGUCGUUCCCAAACGGUCGCAAGCGCAGCAGCAAAGAAGUAUUGAUGAGCAGCUGUAUGACAGUGACGUGUAUGCACAAAGAUCUUUAACACUGCAAGCACCACGAACAGGCACCUCGAGACCAUGUAGUCGGAAUGAAAUCCACGGCACUAUUCCUACAAGUUCGACUCAUAAAAAUUCUCGCAAAAAUGAACGAUCCAUGCACAAACCCGGUUUUGACGGUGGAAACGUCCCAAGACUCAGAGGCGGCGCUGGAACUCAUCAAGACUCUCCUAUCAAUUCUACCUACCCUUCGUCUACACCUCCAACUAUCGUACCCUGUCUCAGAGGCGGUGGGGGUUCCCCAUCUGCGCUCCGCGACCAAGACAAUCUGCCACCAACGCUGGUGUGGCUUGCGGGCGGGAAAAGGAAGAUUACGACGGUUGCAAAAUGGAAGGAAAAGAAGCCGAAGGUUAGGAUGGGAGGGAUGCUGGGGUGGGCUGUGUAUGGAUCGAGGGCUGGGGAGGUGGUGAUGGGGGCGUGGCAAAGGUGCAAGACAGUACACCAAAAGAGACGCAGAGAGUUGCGGUAG